GAAUCAAAGUUACCGAAUCAAUCGCGUUUGACACAACUCUGCUCCUAACCUUACCACAUGCAAAUAGCCAAACAGAACAAAAAGAAAAAGUUUUAAGUUAUUCAAAAAUACGCGGCUGAAAAAUUUUUACACUGUUAAUUCACAAUGUCUAGACUCGGUAGAAUUCUAAAACUUUCCGCCCAAAGUGUUCUUUUUAAAAGUGGACGAGAUUGUAUGGUCAGAAAUAAUCUUAAAAUAAUUCAAGCAGGUAAAACAUUUCCCGUACGGUUUCAGCAUUCUGAAGCCACCAAAGAAGAAGAUUAUCAUUCAAUAAUUAAAGAUACAGAAAAGCCGAUAGGUGAAAGCACAAAGCACGAGUUUCAAGCGGAAACUCGAAUGCUCCUAGAUAUUGUAGCGAGGUCUUUGUAUUCAGAAAAAGAAGUUUUUAUUAGGGAGUUAAUUUCUAAUGCAAGUGAUGCAUUAGAGAAAUUUAGAUAUAUAUCAUUGUCAGAUACAGAGAGUGGAAACAUAAAAGAUAAAGAUAGAGCUUUAGAAAUUCACAUAUCAACUGACAAAAAUAAUAGAACAUUUACAAUUCAGGACACAGGUAUUGGUAUGACUAAAGAUGAGCUUAUCUCAAAUUUGGGAGUGAUAGCUAAAUCUGGUUCUAAGGCAUUUUUGGAGCAGCUUAAAGCCAAACAAACUGCUGAAGAAAGUAUAAUUGGGCAAUUUGGAGUUGGUUUUUAUAGUUCCUUUAUGGUUGCUGAUAAGGUUGAGGUUUACACUAGGUCACCUAAUGAACCAAAUGGUUGGAAAUGGACAUCAGAUGGGAUGGGAAAUUAUGAAAUUCAAAAUGCCGAAGGAGUACAACCUGGAACAAAAAUAGUCCUGCACUUGAAAGCGGAUUGUCGCGAAUUUUCUGAUGAAGACACCAUCAAGCAAAUCAUCACAAAAUAUAGUAAUUUUAUUGGAAGCUCCAUUUAUUUAAAUGGAAAAAAGGCGAAUAUAAUACAGCCUGUGUGGCUAGCUGAUCCCAAAAGUGUUACAACCCAGCAGCAUAUAGACUUUUACAAGUUUAUCUCCGGAAGUUAUGAUGUACCAAGGUACACCUUGCAUUACAAAACUGAUGUUCCAAUGUCCAUAGCCGCACUGUUAUAUUUUCCUGAGGGAAAACCAGGUUUAUUUGAAAUGUCCAGAGAAACAGGCUCAGGGGUUGCCUUAUAUACAAAAAGAGUACUUAUAAAAAGUCAUACAGACAAUAUUCUACCCAAAUGGCUUAGAUUUGUUAAAGGUGUUGUGGAUUCUGAAGAUAUUCCUUUAAAUCUCAGCAGGGAAUUAUUGCAGGAUAGUAAUCUGAUUAGAAAGCUAAGAGAUGUGUUAACUUCAAGAGUCAUUAAAUUUCUUCAUGAUCAGUUAAAGAAAAACCAAGAGCAAUAUGAAAAAUUUUAUCAGGAUUAUGGAUUAUUUAUUAAGGAAGGCAUAAUCACUACCCCAAUACAAGCGGAAAAGGAAAAUGCAGCGAAAUUGUUGCUUUUUGAGUCAUCCCACUUAGAAUCUGAUAAAAAGAUUACUUUAACAGACUAUAUUUCACGUGCUAAAGAUUCUAGGGACAUAUUUUAUUUGGCGGCACCGAGUCGGACUUUAGCAGAAGCUUCUCCUUAUUAUGAGUCACUGAAAAAGAGAUCGCAAGAAGUUUUGUUCUGCUAUGAGCCUUACGACGAGCUAGUGUUAAUGCAACUUCAACAGUUUCAAGGCCAUAAGUUGAUAUCUGUAGAAAAAGACAUGAGGGACGAUAAAGCUGCCAGUGAUUUAACAAAUUUGAGCGAUGACAGUUUGAAACGUAGCGAAAUUAAUGAGUUGUCCGACUGGUUAAAGAGCAAGUUGAGUGGAAAAGUAGUGACUGUAAACGCGACGACCAGAUUAGAAAAUCACCCUUGUGUGAUUACAGUUGAAGAAAUGGCGGCCGCCAGACAUUUUAUCAAGACCCAAAGUCAUAGUUUGUCCGAAGACAGACGUUAUGCUAUUUUGCAGCCGCAACUCGAAAUAAACCCAAGGCACCCAAUAAUAAAAAAGUUACAUAAAUUGAAAAACAGCGAUCCACAGUUGGCUGAGCUGCUUGCAAAUCAGCUGUUUGCCAAUUCCAUGGUAAGUGCAGGUUUAGUUGAAGAUCCCAGGGUGUUGUUGACUAGUAUGAACGAUUUGCUUGUAAAGGCAUUGGAUAAACAUUAAAUUGUAUUAAAAAUUAUAUUGUUUUAUAUUAGUUUUAUGUAAAUAAUUCCAAGUGUAAGUUUAAGACUACAUUUAUAUUAAAAUUUUUCUUG